CCAGUCCGUGGCAUCACACAUCCAUUGCUGCACACACCCUAACCUUGUCGUACAUACACUCCAACCAUGCGAGAUACAGAGCCCCUGACCUUAUCCCAUGGCUGACGCGAAAAAAGCAACAGACGGCCCUGAGCCCAACUCCUCGGUGGCUUUCGAUUUCACCCUCCUCCCAGACUUCGACAACGACUUUGUGAAUGAAGAUGACUUCGCCGAGUUUGCAAAGGCCUUAGCUGCCCCUGAGAUCUCUCCCUCUACCGAUGACCUUACCGCCCCGGCGGCCGAAACUCGUACCUACUUCACAGCACUCAACGACUGGCGGCCGAUCCACCAGCGCGUGCGGCGGCGCAAGAAAAGCAAGGCACCGUCGGGGCGAGGCAAGGAUGAAACACGCGAAGGCUUCGUCUAUGUGCUGCUCAAGUGGCCGCUGUUGGUGGUCGUCCUUGGGUGGCUGCUGUUCCUAAGCAUAGCAUACGUCUUCACCCGACUGUACAUCUACCUGUACGAGCACUGGAUAACAUGGAGAGGGACACGGCAAAAACUACGGAAGAGAUUAGAGAAUGCUACUUCAUACGAGGACUGGAUACGCGGGGCAAAAGAAAUCGACACGUACUUGGGCAACGACUCGUGGAAGGAGACCCCUGAGUACAGCUACUAUGAUAGUAAAACAUUGAAAAAGGUGCAUGAACAAAUUGUAAAGUUGCGGCAAAGGGCAGAGUCGGACGAGAAUGGUAGGUCAGGGGCGAAGACUGGGGAAGGCCAGCAUAAAGCGGUCGAAGACUUGCGCGCUCUCAUGGAAGCCUGCGUGAAGAACAACUUCGUAGGGUUCGAGAACCCGAGGCUUUGGAGCGAGACGUACUAUGGGACCAAAGAACUUGUUCAGAGCUUCGUCGAUGAGGCCGAGAAAGCACUGACGUUUCUCCUCCGCACCACACAGCUUGAUGCGGACAACAAACGGGCCCUGUUCAAACACUUGGGCAGCAACUUUGGACGGACUGCGCUAUGCCUGUCUGGAGGAGCAACCUUUGCGUACUACCAUUUCGGCGUCGCCAAGGCGCUGUUGGACGCUGAUCUCCUACCGGAGGUCAUUACUGGAACGUCUGGCGGAGCGCUUGUGGCAGCACUGCUGUGUACGAGGACUGACGAAGAGCUUAAAAAGCUCCUCGUUCCAGCUCUUGCUCACCGUAUCACGGCCUGUUCCGACGACAUGUUCACCUGGAUCAAAAGAUGGUACACCACCGGGGCGCGAUUCGAUAGCGUAGAAUGGGCGAAGAAGUGCGCGUGGAUGACGCGCGGAAGCAUGACCUUUAGGGAAGCGUAUCAGCGAACCGGUCGUAUAUUGAACGUGUCAUGUGUCCCCUCCGACCCACAUUCCCCAACAAUCCUCGCUAACUAUAUCACGGCUCCUGACUGUGUUGUUUGGUCCGCAGUCCUCGCAUCAGCCGCUGUUCCUGGGAUCUUGAAUCCGGUUGUGCUAAUGAAGAAGAACAAGGACGGUACACUGUCACCCUAUUCGUUUGGCCACAAGUGGAAGGAUGGAAGUUUGAGGACUGAUAUUCCAUUGAAAGCACUCAAUCUCCACUUCAAUGUUCGCUUCUCCAUUGUGAGCCAGGUCAACCCACACAUCAAUAUUUUCUUCUUUUCAUCCCGCGGCUCCGUAGGACGACCCGUUACCCAUCGACGAGGACGCGGUUGGAGAGGCGGCUUCAUAGGCUCAGCAACUGAACAGUACCUCAAACUCGAUCUAAACAAAUGGCUCAAGGUACUCCGACACCUCGAGCUGUUGCCACGACCAUUGGGCCAGGAUUGGAGCGAGAUCUGGUUACAGCGCUUCAGCGGUACCAUAACCAUCUGGCCAAAGUCGAUUCCCUCGGACUUUGUCCAUAUUCUUGCCGACCCCACGCCGCAGCGGCUAGCGCGUAUGAUUCACGUCGGCCAGCAAUCUGCAUUUCCCAAGCUCAAGUUCAUUGCCAAUCGCGCUAAAUUGGAAAACAUUAUCCAGCAAGGGAGACGUCAGUACCGACCUCGUGGGACGCGCGAUGGUGAUCUCGUCAAUAUAUUUUCGGAAGACGAUUUGCGCGGCUUGCUCAAACGUACAAAAAGCAACGGCCCAGAAGAUGGCGCUCCGUUCCCGAUGUCUGGCUCUGAGUCUUCUUCGUCGUCUGCAGGCUUAUCUCGACCGGGUUCCCCUGUGACCCUCCCACUGGGCUUCAACUUUGGACGAAAGAACAAGCGGCAGCUUGCAAAUUUGAAGACGAAUCCGUCAGACAAGCCAUCCGAAGUUCCAGAUAGCCCGUCCCUGACAAAGCGUCUUAGCGGUUGGUGGUCAGCUAUAUCUCCGCAAGCGACGGCAGACUCCACAGCGCUCGACACCUCUCGCACGCAUUUACGGCCCACAGCGCACCGCCAGGAUCGUCCUAAUUCAAUGUUUGAAUUUCGGCCGCCCAAGGAAUUGAGUGAUCUGUACAAAGAGAGCGCCGGACCAUCGCAGAUUGGUAGUCGCAAUCCUAGGAAACAAAGUAGAGUCUUCGUAGACGAUGACUCAGAUAAUGAAGACCAUGCGCAGCACAGCUCAAGACAUGAACAGCAUGAGGCUGGCGUGUUUGGGGACGAGGAUUCUGGCGAGGCAGCGGAAUUUGGCGACGACGAGAGCGAUGGAGAAGAGGUACAGAGUGGUGGAGUAGGACUUUGAAUUUGAAGGGCGGGCGGCAUAGAUACUCUCUUAUGUUUACACUUGCUUAGUUGCAUAGCGUUGGUAGACGGCAAGGAGAAUCUCCUUAGACGUAGCGGUUUUCUAGAAUGUUAUCUGAGAUAUAAACAUUUUCUAGAGUAUCCGAGUCUUCACUCUACGAAAAGGAUUUAGACACCUUAUAUUACCGCCGUAACUAUCGUUAUCCAAAGCGCGAGGCGAUCGGCCGGGCUUGGCAUGCACGUCAUCGACGACACGCAUCCGACGCGAGAUCACAAGGCAGCCAUCUCUAGUUGAUCAACCUCAAGAAUACAUCCA